AUGAUCAAACACCAUUUUCGGCUCUAUUGCUCUGGAUCCAACUCUCAAUGCUUUAAUCUUUUGGUAAGGAAAGACCCAGUUUCCAUUGCUAAUGCUCUUUCUAUUGCUGAGAAUUCAAAGUCAUAUUAUGUUGGUUCCCAUAUUCACGCUCAUGUCGUCAAGUUGGGAUUGGUUGAUGAGGUUUACACAAGGAAUAAUUUGAUUAAAAUGUAUACAAAAUGCGGGGUUUUUCAUGAUGGGCUUAAGGUGUUUGGUGAAAUGUCUAACAGAAAUCUUGUUUCUUGGACUUUGAUGAUCUCUGGUGCAGUUCAAAAUGGAGAUCAUGAAAUGGGUUUGGAGUUUUUUUUAGGAUUGGUGAGAAGUGGGUUCAUACCAAAUGAAUUCGGUCUCGGGAGUGUUUUAAAGGCGUGUGCUAUUGCAGGAGCAUAUGAAUUUGGUUCGACUAUUCAUGCUUUCACUUUGAAAACGGGGAUUGAAUUGAACUUAUUUGUGGGCGCUUCUAUUUUGAACAUGUAUGCUAAGUUAGAGGACAUUCAAUCCGCUGAAAGGGUGUUCGAGUCCAUGCCCAAUCUCGAUGUUGGCUGUUGGAAUGUUAUGAUUGGAGGAUACGUGCAAUGCGGACAUGGAAUUGAGGCCUUAAAAAUUGUUUCUUUAAUGCUGCACAGAGGCAUAAAUAUGGACUGCUUAACCUUCGUCAAUGCUCUUAAAGGUUGUUCUGGUGUGGCUAAUCUGGAGUUCGGAAAACAGCUUCAUGGGCUAAUCAUCAAAGGUGAUGUGGGAUUUAGUACAUCUCUGAUGAAUUGUUUGAUGGAUAUGUACUUUAGCAAUGGUAUGAUGGACUCUGCUAUGAAGGUUUUUCAUAGGAUACAGAACAAAGAUAUUAUAUCAUGGAACACGCUAUUUUCAUCUAUCUCUGAAGAUAAGGACACAACAGAAAUUGCGUGCUUAAUCCAUGAGUUUUUUCUCAGAGGAAUGAAGCCAAACCAUAUUACUUUCUCAAUCCUGUUUAGACUAUGUGGAGAGACGCUUGGCCUUGAGCUUGGACUUCAAAUUUUUUGUCUUGCUCUAAACUUUGGGUUCCAUGAUGAAGUUAAUGUGACAAAGUCACUCAUCAAUAUGUUUGCCAGAUGCAAAGCUAUGAAGAAGGCCCGUUCAUUAUUUGAGACAUUGUGCUCUAAAGAAAUCACUAUUUGGAAUCAGAUGAUCUGUGGGUACAACUUAAAUCACUGUUACGCGGAGAGCCUCAAGAUUUUUGUCAGAUUAUGGAGCCUAGGAAUCGAAUCAAAUGAGUAUACCUUUUCCAGCAUAUUGGAAGCUUGUUCUCAAAUUGAAAACCAACAAGUUCUUAGACAUGUUCACGGUCUCAUUGUUGAAUCUGGUUUCUCUUCAAAUGGCUAUAUUCGUAGUUUACUAAUUAACGGCUAUGUUAAGUUUGGGCUUUUAGAUGACUCCUUUCAAUUCUUUAAUGAUUUUGAUAGGUUGGAUGAGGUAUCUUGGGGGACUAUGAUAUCUGCCUUGGCACAUCGGGGAAACAUUUAUGAAGCUAUCAAUCUCCUGACGGCUCUGAUGGAAGCUGGUGGGGAGCCCGAUGAGUUUAUUUUGGGCAGCAUUUUGAGUUAUUGUGCCAGUAUUUCUGGUUAUCAUCUAACCAAAAUUGUUCAUUCUCUUGCGCUCAAAACUGGACUUGAAACACAAGUGUUUGUCGCGAGUGCGGUAAUAGACGCAUAUGCAAAAUGUGGAGAUAUUGACAGUGCAAAGAUGGCCUACCGUCAGUCAUGCGGAUCAUAUGACGUGGUUAUAUUUAACACCAUGAUCAUGGCUUAUGCUCGUCAUGGGCUUAUCACAGGUGCUAUGGAAAUCUUUAAGACGAUGAAGUCGGUUAAGCUACAGCCUAGCCAAGCCACAUUUGUGUCAGUUAUAUCUGCUUGUAGCCAUAUGGGUCUUGUUGAUGAAGGCGGUCUUUUGUUUGGGUUAAUGAUCUCAGAUUACAAAAUGGAACCAUGUAAAGAUGUAUACGGUUGUUUAGUCGAUAUGCUUUCGAGAAAUGGACGCCUUGAAAAUGCAAGACAGAUGAUUGAAAAAAUGCCCUAUGCUCCUUGGCCAGCUAUAUUGAAAUCCUUGCUUAAUGGCUGUAGAAUACAUGGGAGCAGAGAGCUUGGAGAAUGGGCUGCUGAGAAGUUACUGCAGUUGGUACCGGAGGACGAUACGACUUUUAUACUAUUGUCAAAGGUUUAUUCUGAACGGGGAGAUUGGGAAGAUGCUGGAAAAGUACAAAGGGACAUGAUUGAAAGAGGUGUUCUGAAAGACGCAGGAUGUAGUUGGAUUGAGAUAUAGCAAGGAUAUACAAUUUAAGUCACGUAGAAGUAGAACUUUUAUACUGAAAUCAGUAUUUCUAAUGGCUGUGUUUGAGCUACAGAUAUCUAAGUCCAUAUAAGAAGUGCACGUUCUUUGACUUGGCGUCUUCAAGUGGUUCUUUGUUAAUUGAAGAAAAUGACAUGUAGUUUCAGCACAAAAUUGAAAAAGAAGUACAGUUCAGUUAAAAAGCAC